GUCUCUAUUUCAAUCGUCGAAAGAGAGAACGACAAAAAGGAAAAGUCAAGAGGGAAAGCUCGGUGGUCAUGGAGAUUCCAGACGCCGGCGCAUCUCUUCCUCUGCUAAAAUCUUCUGCCGGCGGCGGCGGAAGAGCAUCGGCUCUACAGACGUUGGGGAACAUCAUCGUUUCCAUCGUCGGUACCGGUAUCCUCGGUCUCCCCUAUGCAUUCCGAGUCGCCGGUUGGUUCGCCGGAUCUCUCGGCGUCGUCAUCGUCGGAAUCGCCACCUACUACUGCAUGCUCCUCCUUAUUCAAUGUAGGGACAAGCUAGAAUCCGAUGAAGGACCGGAAGAAACAAAGACGUAUGGUGAUUUGGGUUUCAAGUGUAUGGGGAAAACGGGACGGUACCUAACCGAGACCCUCAUCUUCGCUGCUCAGUGCGGCGGAUCGAUAGCAUAUUUAGUUUUCAUAGGCCGAAACAUGUCUUCCAUUUUCAAAUCAUAUGGGAUAAGUAUGGUUUCUUUCAUAUUCAUGCUUGUCCCGAUUGAGAUCGCGCUGUCGUGGGUGGGUUCUUUGUCAGCUCUUUCGCCCUUUAGCAUCUUCGCAGACAUAUGCAACAUUAUAGCAAUGUGUUUCGUAGUGAAAGAAAAUGUAGAGCAGGUGUUUGGGGGAGACUUCUCAUUUAGUGAUAGGAAAGCCAUCGCGUCUAACGUAGGAGGUAUACCGUUUGCUGGAGGGAUGGCGGUUUUUUGCUUCGAGGGGUUUGCAAUGACAUUGGCACUGGAAAGUUCUAUGAGGGAUAAACAGGAGUUUCCAAAGUUGCUUGCUAAGGUACUUACGGGGAUAACGUUUGUGUAUGUGCUGUUUGGGUUCUGCGGGUAUAUGGCAUAUGGUGAUCAGACAAUGGAUAUCAUUACACUCAACCUCCCCAAGAAUUGGUCUGCCAUCGCCGUGCAGAUUGGACUGUGUGUGGGAUUGACAUUUACAUUCCCAAUCAUGGUACACCCGCUUAACGAGAUCAUAGAACAGAAGCUGAAAAGAACCGAGUGGUUUCAAAAGCACCAGUACACUGACGGGACACAUUCAACGACAAAGCUAUGUAGGUGUGUGGUAUACCUCACAAGGACAAUCUUGGUGGUCGGGUUAGCAACUGUGGCUUCAUUCGUUCCGGGAUUCGGUUCAUUCGCAUCCCUCGUCGGUAGUACUCUCUGUGCAUUGAUCUCGUUCGUGUUACCCGCCUCUUUUCACCUCACAUUGCUCGGUCCAUCGCUGAAUCUGUGGAACAAAGGCUUAGAUGUUUUCAUCGUGCUAUCCGGGUUGGUCUUCGCUGUCUACGGGACGUACAACACGAUAGUCGGAGUUUGAAUGAAACCGGAGAUUACCAAACACCCGAAAAGGACGGCAGUAGGCACGGAUCUCUCCUUAAAUCCGGAAUCUGAAUUCGGGAAAUCGGUGAUGGGAAGGUUGUGAGAGAUGAGGAGAGAAGCAAUAUGUGGUAUGAUGAUUUACUGAGGGUUGGAUGGAGACAAGAGAGGUUGAGUUUCGGCAACAACAGUGUUAAUAAAAACAGUUACGGUUUCAACAUACCAAGAGAAUGUAUCUUAGUAUAAAUAUAGUAUAUGUAUAAGAGGACAGAACUCGUCUCUUCUUGUUCUUCUUCAAAUCUCUGUCUUUGUAUUUUUUUUUUAAACGUUUUUUUUUUUGGUUACCUCUAUGGCUUUGUGUC